AUGGCGUCGGUAAAGUUCAUUGUGGGGUCGUGUUCUGCGGUUGUUCUGGGUUAUUUUACUUACAGGGAACUGCAAGUUGACACUCUCGACUUUACACUAACCAAGCACAUCUCAGCAAAACGAUCUGAUGUUUAUCGGAAGUUUUGUUAUGAACCAGAAUUUUGGUUGAAAGUCCACCCGAAUUGGUAAGCGAACCGGGGUUUUUAUUCGAUGUAGGUGAUGUUGUUUCGGGGAGUAUAUUUAUAAACAUGAUUUUCCCAUAUAACAGAUCUUAGAUCGAAAUAUAGAAGCAGCUUAAAUCUCUUCACAACAAAACGAAAGGAUUUCUCUAAGCUUUUUAAACAGCAAACUUGCCCAUAGCGUGACUUCUCAUAACAUUAGGUCACGCGAUGUUUUCAAUGAUAAACAAUACAAUCAAACAAUUAAGAUGCGCUUUCAGAAAACAGUGAUUACGACAUAACGACAAUUGAUAUUACAAGUGACAAGUGCUAUAUAUUACACGAGUGGAAAGCUAAUAAUUAAAAAAAAAAUACAAUUUAUCGUAAAAGAAACAUUUCUUAUUGAGACCGUUUCACUCCUUUAAUUGAUAUCAGGCUAGGAUGUCUUUUGGUGAUAUUCUGCAGAUUAGGGGAGAGCUAUACAUACUGCCUUCUAAGGGACAAUAUAACUCCAUGCAGUAUCAGUCAUUCACAAGUUAUGUUUUGUUUGUUUACCUCUUAAUUUUAGCGUUGGCGUGACUAACAUUAUCAGAUCGGAAGACAAAGAUGGACGUAAAACAGUUCAGUUUGACAUGCACGAAGAGAUGCGAGUGUUAGGAAUCUCCAGCAAGUUUGAAAUUCAACUGACUGUGAAGGAACUCCAAGAAAAUGUAGCUACUCACAUGUCAGGGAGCCUUUUUAAAGGCUGGUUUCAAUUUAAUCAAGGCUUUCGUUUCACUGAUGCUAAAGAAGGUGGAAUAAUGCUUGAGGAUCGCUGUCAAUAUACAGCUCCUAGGUUUUUUGCGAGAUAUAUCAGAGGUGUAGGUCUCACCCAGCACACUGCAAUUACUGAAAAUACCAGAAAAUAUUUCAUGGAAGUUGAGAAACAGAACUAUUAA